AUGAACCGUUCUCUUUUCGGCCUUUUGCUCGUGGCCGUGAUCGUCUUUUCUCAAGAGGAAAAUGAUUUGAUCUCGGAUUUGCCCGGACUUUUGUUUAAGACCAACUUCAAGUCGUAUUCCGGAUAUGUCGACGCCAAUGCCAAUGGAACAUGGAGAAUGCAUUACAUGUAAGCUACCCAUCUUUUGCAACUUUUAUCUAUGAAACUUUGUCACCUCACCACAUUGUCACCAUUUUUCUCCGUUUUCCACCUCAGCAGAAAGAAAAUAGUCACCUUUUUCGAUCAUAAUUAGAGACCACAAAGUGAUUAACAAACUUGUGAAUUUCGAAAAACACUUAUCGGAAUGUGUUCUAGUGCUUAAAAAUAGUACAUUCAUAAAAUUUUUUUGAAAAAUGUUCGGUAUUUCUCGAGUUAUGAACGUUUUUAGUUUGCGCGGUUUGCACUGAAAAUUCAGCAGCGAAAGGGGCGGAGUCUAUUUUUUGGCGGCGGCGCGCUCCCACCCGGAAAAGAAAAUGGAGAGAGCGGACAGUUUUAUUUAAAAAAUGCAACGUUUUUCCAGUAAAAAUGUUUUCUUUAUCGAAUCCAAAAGUAGACAACGAAAAAUUUUGGAAGUGGGUUCUCGAUUAGUGGUUUCAGCACUUGCCACUUUACCACACAGGAAAAACGGCAACACUCGGGAAUUACCGAGCGAUCACCGAGUAGACGCUGAUUAGCCAGAAAUCAGUAAUCGGUCAGUGAACAGCCACUGAAGGGGACGCUAAGCAGUGAGGAAUCACUGUCCGAUUACUGAGGAGCGCAGUGAGGAAUUAGCGAAGCAUGAGUGAAACGCGAUGAGCGAAAGAUUAGUGAGGAGCUACUGAACAAAACGGGAUCACUGAGAAGUUAGUGUAGGAUCACUCUUGAAACAGGGAUCACUCUAGGAUUAGUCUAGUGUUGCCGUCUUGCCCACACUCUAAAAAUUUACAAGUCCUGACAAUAUGCCCUUGUUAGCAUUUAUAAGUAUCAUGUUGGAAGCGGUAACUUGCUUUUUUGUAAUUAUGAUUUUUUUCUGUGUUACUCUGAGAUUUUUCCGCUGUCGCAAAGUUUUGCCUUCGAAGUUUAAAAUUUCUUCACUCGAACUGUUCGUCAGCGUGUUCCUGAUGUUUGGGAUGUUGUUCAGAAUGUUCUAAAUUAGUCACAUCAGUCACUUCCCUUGUCAAAAAAAGAACGAGCUCGGUAAAAACGUUUUUACGGAAAAUUUACCGAAAUUCACUUCUUUCGGUAAAAAAAAUUUCGGUAAGGCACACUUAAAGUGUGUAAAGAAGAAAGCGACGAACAGUUUGUUUGUAAAUUUUUAACUUGGAGCGAAAAUGCAUAUAAAUUCAACUGGGUGACUUUUUGCUGACUGCAAAGGCAAAACACUGCGAUAUCAUUCGUGUCCUUUGACUACUUGAACUUGUUCUCAAUUUUCCGAUAAUUUUUAUUUGAACCAUCACAUCGAAAUACUCUUCCCCCUUAGUCCAAGUGAAACAAGGCAAAGACUCGAGUAAAACGGGAAACAAUGAGCGAAGUGAACGGGAACAGCGGGAAGCGAACGCGGGGAAGUGAGGAAUCAGCGACGGAUCAGUGAACGGAGGGGAAGAGCGGGAAGCGAACGCUGGACAGUGAGGAAUCAGUGAGGAAUCAGUAAUCGGCGAAACGGGAGUUCAGUAACCGAUUGUUCCACGCUCAGUGGUUAGCGUGUCUAAUCCUUCAGUGAUUCUUCGCUGUUCCCGUUUUUCCUGUGCACCCGGGCGAGGGCGGCCGCCGCUCCGUUCAGUUGAUGUGCGCGAUGUUCGCAGUCACUUUCUAGCAUGAAAAAGUUACUGAAAAUGCGCAGGAAACUGUAAUUUGUGACAUUUCGCCGAGUAAAACGGAUGUUCCCUAAAAUAAAUCUGGUGUAGUUUUUUGUGCUGAAUACGAUUCUGCCGUCAAAAUCCCGGUGCCGGACCAGUGUCAACCCGAAAACUCCAAAAAACUGAUUUUUCGGGCGAACACGCUAUGUUUGACGAAGUUAAAUAGUAUCUUAUAGGUGUCCAAAUGAUCUGAAAUUUUGUACAGAGACACUACACUAUACGAGUUUCUUAACACAUUCCAAAAAUAAAAAUCGGGGGGUCACCGCUGAACAUUUUUUUCAGUUUUAAGUGGCAAUUGAACUGUCUGAAAUUGAUGUAAAUUGAUGUAAACCUUCAAUUCUGACAUCAAAAACGGAUUCAGCAUGUCAAGAACUAUCGGAAUGCAUAUUUGGAACCCCGGUGCCGGACUUAUAUUGACCCGAAAAAAUUCGAAAAAAAAAAACACUGUCCGAACAUUUUGCUGUUUUCGCGCUUGUUCGCAAAAACCAUGACAGUUCGGCUCAAACUGACUUGACCAAUGCAAUGGAUUCUACGUGGUUGAUAACGUAAAGUAAAGUUGUUAGUACAAUCAUUUAUCAUUCUGAGUCCGCGCCACAGGCUCAGAAAGACGGAAAAAUGAAAUCAACUGAAACAUUUCGACGCCCCGCCCCCUCCAUGAUUCAUAAUUCUUACGUAAUACUGUGCAAAUUCAGUUGGCAACUGACUGAUAACACUCCUUUGGACAGUCACCAAACGCAGAAAAGUGUAUCAAUUUCAGGCUGACAGAGUCUCGUUCCAAUCCGGACACUGAUCCACUUCUCGUCUGGUUCAACGGAGGUCCAGGAUGCUCUUCUUUGGGCGGACUUUUCGAAGAACUCGGUCCAUUUUAUGUUAACUUUGAUGGAGAGACUCUUUAUGAGAAUCCGUACGCGUGGAAUGCGGUACUGAGGGAACCCCAGAAAUGAAAUGAGGAAAUUGGUUGGUUUCAGAAGGCCAACGUGUUGUACUUGGAAUCCCCGAUCGGAGUCGGAUAUUCGUACGACACGCAGACUCCCCACUACUUCCAAGCAAACGAUGACCAGUCGGCUGCUCAGAACCUUCUUGCUCUCACCAACUUCUUCAAAGUGUCAGUUCAUUCUUCUCUUCAAAUCAUCCGUGUUCUGUUUUCAGUGCCCAACCAAAGUACGUCAACCGUACCUUCUAUCUUUCUGGAGAGUCGUACGCCGGAAUCUACAUACCAAUGCUCACUGAUCUCAUUGUUCAGGGAAUCAACAAUAACACUUUCCCGAACACCAACUUCCAGGUUUCCUUCGGUCUUCAAUCUCAUUCUAUGUUCAAUUUCAGGGAUCUGCAAUCGGAAACGGAUUCAUGAAUGUGAGAGGUCUUCUGAAUGCGUUGGCUUUGUGGAGUGCCUACCACGGACGUGUCUCCAUGCAGUACGAACUUCAUUUCCAUCCUCACGUCUACAUAAUCUUUCCAGAGACUGGCAGACAAUCAAGACCAAGUGCGCCAACAAUACUGAUAUGGACAACUUUGAUUUCGCUCAGUUCACAAAGUCCGACAACAAGAUUGAUUUUGUCGGAGACGACUCCGAUUGUGGAAAGCUUAUUCAGCCUCUCAUCUCUCAGAACGCGGAUGGAACCGAAGGGUUUGAACAAUACAAACUGUUUUGAUCUUAAUUGAGGGGGUUUUCAGAUUUGACCAGUACAAUUUCUACCAAGAGUGCUACGACAAGUCAGUCUUCCAAGCUCCGCCCCCGCCGGCUUCUGGAAAGCGAACGAAGAGAAGUGCAAUCCAGGGAGUGUCUUCCAUCAAGAAGAACCUGCAGUACCAACAACUGGGGUCUUUCAAGGGAACCUCUGAUUUGAACAAUAACACUGCUGUAAGCCUUCCCCGUACAUUCCUGGCAAUUUUGUUUUGUUUCAGUCGCUAGUGAACCGUUUCUCGAACGACAACCAAUGGGGUUACUUCUGUUGGAACGAGGACGCCGUGGCCAACUACCUGAACAGCGACAAAGUCUUGAAUGCGCUCAACAUUCCGCAGGGCUGGAAGGACCAGAAGAACACGUGGGCGGACUGCAGAGACUCGAUCUACAACAACUACACUCUGACCUACAACACCACCAAUCAGUUCUUCAAUAACAUCAUCACGAACCUAAAGACUAACUUCCGUUUCCUGAUCUACAAUGGAGACGUCGACACUGUCUGCAACUAUUUGGGAGACGCCAAACACAUUCUGCAAGUCGCCAACGACAACGGUCUUACCGUAAGCACCGUUUCGUAGAUCAGAUGUAAUCCGGGCACGUUUCAGAGUGGACCGCGCACUCCGUGGUAUUACAGUGACAACAACCAGCUGGCCGGAUACGUUCAGACCUAUACCGGAAUGAACGGCAACGGAGCCAACAUCACAAUCGACCUUCUGACUGUGAAAGGAGCCGGACACAUGGUUCCGUACGAUCGUGCCGGGCCUUCCGUUCAGAUGAUUUCCAACUUUGUGUGGGCCCAGCAGAACGUUCAAAUCAACUACACAAGCCAGGACAACUUCAAUCCGAACAUCCAGCUCUCCGAGCUGAUAGACUCCGGAGCCUUCUCCUCCUUCUCCGUCGUUGUUUCUCUCAUCUUUGUUCUGCUCAACAUAGAUUUCUAA